UCGCGGCUCGGCCCCGCAGGCCGCGGGUCGCAGCCAUGCGACGCCCGGGGCGAGGCCGCGGCUGGGCCCCCAAGACGCAGGAGCUCUGGAACCCCAGGACCAUGGAUGCUCUCAACAGGAGCCAGGGAGGCCCUGUAUGCAAGACCCAGGCCAUGGUGCAGAAGGGACCUUUGGACCUGAUCGAGACAGGCAAAGGGCUGAAGGUGCAAACGGACAAACCCCAUCUGGUGAGCCUGGGCAGUGGGCGACUCAGCACGGCUGUUACCCUCCUGCCGCUGGAGGAAGGGAGGACGGUGAUUGGCUCUGCAGCCAGGGACAUCUCGCUGCAGGGCCCGGGCCUGGCUCCAGAACACUGCUACAUCGAGAAUCUUCAGGGCACCCUCACCCUCUACCCCUGUGGCAAUGCCUGUAGUAUUGAUGGGCUCCCUGUCCGGCAGCCCACCCGGCUCACUCAGGGCUGCAUGUUGUGCCUGGGUCAGUCCACCUUUCUCCGCUUUAACCACCCUGCUGAAGCCAAGUGGAUGAAGAGCAUGAUCCCAGCAGGGGGCCGGGUCCCUGGGCCCCCCUACAGCCCUGGUCCUGCGGAACCAGACAGCCUGGUGAAUGGGAACCACACCCCACAGCCUUCAACCCGGGGACCCUCAGCCUGUGCCAGCCACAGUUCCCUGGUGAGCUCUAUUGAGAAGGACCUGCAGGAAAUCAUGGACUCACUGGUGCUAGAGGAUCCUGGAGCUGCUGGCAAGAAGCCCACCACAGUGUCCCCACUGUCGCCACUGGCUAAUGGUGGGCGCUACCUGCUGUCCCCCCCAACUAGCCCUGGUGCCAUGUCUGUGGGCUCCAGCUAUGAGAACACCUCUCCAGCCUUCUCACCACUCUCCUCGCCAGCCAGCAGUGGGAGCUGUGCCAGCCACUCACCCAGUGGGCAGGAGCCAGGACCUUCCGUGCCCCCGCUGGUGCCUGCCCGCUCUUCCAGCUACCAUCUGGCCCUGCAACCCCCACAGUCCCGCCCUAGUGGUGCCCGUUCCUCCGAGAGCCCCCGGCUGGGCAGGAAGGGGGGUCACGAGAGGCCUCCCAGCCCUGGCCUCCGGGGUCUGCUGACAGACAGCCCAGCCGCCACGGUCUUGGCAGAGGCCCGCAGAGCCACUGAGAGCCCCCGACUGGGUGGGCAGCUGCCCGUGGUAGCCAUCAGCCUGAGUGAAUACCCAGCCUCCGGUGCCCGCAGCCAACCCACCAGCAUUCCUGGCAGCCCCAAGUUCCAGCCUCCAGUCCCGGCUCCCCGCAACAAGAUUGGCACACUCCAGGACCGCCCUCCCAGCCCUUUCCGUGAGCCCCCGGGCCCUGAGCGGACCUUGACUGCCAGCCCCUCGCGCCAACUGGUGGGGCGAACAUUCUCAGAUGGGUCAGCUGCCCGCACCCUGCAGCCUCCUGAGAGCCCACGCCUGGGCCGGCGUGGUCUAGACAGCAUGCGCGAGCUCCCUCCCUUGAGCCCAUCUCUGUCCCGACGAGCUCUCUCUCCGCUGCCCACCCGGACCGCCCCAGACCCCAAGCUAACCAGGGAAGUGUCAGAGAGUCCACGGCCCCGGCGCUGGGCAGCCCAUGGGACAUCACCAGAGGACUUCUCCCUGACGCUGGGGGCCCGCGGGCGGAGGACACGGAGCCCCUCGCCCACUCUGGGCGAGUCCCUGGCACCCCGCAAGGGCAGCUUCAGUGGCAGGCUGAGCCCGGCCUACAGUCUGGGCUCCCUCACUGGGGCUUCCCCCCGCCAGAGCCCCCGUGCGCAGAGGAAGCUCUCCAGUGGGGACCUGCGGGUGCCUGUCACACGGGAGCGGAAGAACAGCAUCACGGAGAUCAGUGACAAUGAGGAUGACCUCCUGGAGUACCACCGGCGGCAGCGCCAGGAGCGGCUCCGGGAGCAGGAGAUGGAGAGGCUGGAACGGCAGCGCCUGGAGACCAUCCUGAACCUGUGUGCUGAGUACAGCCGGGCUGACGGGGGCCCCGAGGCUGGGGAGCUCCCCAGCAUCGGGGAAGCCACUGCAGCACUGGCACUGGCAGGCCGGAGGCCCUCACGAGGCCUUGCCGGGGCUAUGGGGACCUCUGGGCGGAACAGUGAGGAGCCCGGAGCUGCCACCCAGCGCCUGUGGGACAGCGUGGACCGCUCAGAUGAGGAGAACCUCAAGGAGGAGUGCAGCAGCACUGAGAGUACCCAGCAGGAGCAUGAAGAUGCACCUAGUGCCAAGCUGCAGGGAGAGGUGCUAGCCCUGGAGGAGGAGCGGGCUCAGGUGCUGGGGCGUGUGGAGCAGCUCAAGGUCCGUGUGAAGGAGCUGGAACAGCAGCUGCAGGAGUCGGCACGCGAGGCGGAAAUGGAGCGGGCCCUGCUGCAGGGGGAGCGGGAGGCAGAGCGGACGCUGCUGCAGAAGGAGCAGAAGGCGGUGGACCAGCUGCAGGAGAAGCUGGUGGCCCUGGAGUCGGGCAUCCAGCAGGAGAGGGACAAGGAGGCAGAGGCCCUGGAGACGGAGACCAAGCUCUUUGAGGACCUGGAGUUCCAGCAGCUGGAGCGGGAGAGCCGCGCGGAGGAGGAGCGUGAGCUGGCCGGCCAGGGGCUGCUGCGCAGCAAGGCCGAGCUGCUCCGCAGCGUGGCCAAGAGGAAGGAGCGCCUGGCAGUUCUGGACAGUCAGGCCGGGCAGAUCCGGGCGCAGGCUGUGCAGGAGUCGGAGCGCCUGGCCCGUGACAAGAAUGCCUCGCUGCAGCUGCUGCAGAAGGAGAAGGAGAAACUGACCAUGCUGGAGAGGAGAUACCACGCGCUCACGGGGGGCAGGCCUUUCCCGAAGACCACCUCCACUCUCAAAGAGGCUGAGCUGCUCAUCCCCCAGUCCUCAGACCUGGGCCUGGGGACUAAGGCUCUGAGCCUGUUGCCAGGGGCUUCUCAGGCUGGGGCCUCCUCUGUCCCAUUAACUCCAUCUGCUUCCACUCUGCUCUGCCCCAAAGCCCAAGAGUACGUGACGCUUGAGCAGCUAAAGGUGAUGUGGGGCAGCUCAGCCGUGGCCCCAGCACCUGCGCCAGGCCUGCCUUCCUGGGCCUCUGCCUCUCGGGACCUCGUUCCCACCAGCAGCUUUGCUCCCGUGCCGCCCUCCUCCUCCUCCUCUGCUUCCAUCACGCCUUCCCCCAAGAUGGAGAAGCUGCUGCUCCCUGCCGUAGACUUAGAGCAGUGGUACCAGGAGCUGAUGGCGGGGCUGGGGACUGGCCCUGCAGCGGCCUCCCCUCGCUCCUCGCCCCCGCCUCUGCCAGCCAAAGCUUCCCGUCAGCUGCAGGUUUACCGCUCUAAAAUGGAUGGUGAGGCCACCGGACCCCUGCCCCGGACCCGCAGCGGCCCCCUUCCUUCCUCCUCUGGCUCCUCCUCUUCCUCCUCCCAGCUCAGCGUGGCUACCCUGGGCCGUAGCCCUUCCCCGAAGAGCGCCCUCCUCGCCCAGAAUGGCACAGGCAGCCUUCCUCGCAACCUGGCUGCCACACUGCAGGACAUCGAAGCCAAGCGCCAGCUGGCGCUGCAGCAGAAGGGGCAGCAGGUGAUCGAGGAGCAGCGGCGGCGACUGGCCGAGCUGAAGCAGAAGGCGGCGGCCGAGGCGCAGUGCCAGUGGGAUGCGCUGCACGGCGCGGCGCCCUUCCCCCCACUCAUGCACCACUCCAUCCUACACCACCUGCCGGCGGGCCGGGAGCGCGGGGAGGAGGGCGAGCAUGCCUACGACACGCUGAGCCUGGAGAGCUCGGACAGCAUGGAGACGAGCAUCUCCACCGGGGGCAACUCGGCCUGCUCCCCCGACAACAUGUCCAGUGCCAGUGGUCUGGACAUGGGGAAGAUCGAGGAGAUGGAGAAGAUGCUGAAAGAGGCCCACGCGGAGAAGAGCCGGCUCAUAGAGUCAAGGGAGCGGGAGAUGGAGCUGCGGCGGCAGGCCCUGGAGGAAGAGCGUCGCAGGCGGGAGCAGGUGGAACGGCGGCUACAGAGCGAGAGUGCCCGGAGGCAGCAGCUGGUGGAGAAGGAGGUCAAGAUGCGGGAGAAGCAGUUUUCCCAGGCCCGACCCCUGACCCGCUACCUGCCGAUCCGGAAGGAGGACUUUGACCUGAAGACCCACAUCGAGUCCUCAGGCCACGGGGUGGACACCUGUUUGCACGUGGUGCUCAGCAGCAAGGUCUGCCGUGGCUACUUGGUCAAGAUGGGCGGCAAGAUUAAGUCUUGGAAGAAGCGCUGGUUUGUCUUCGACCGGCUCAAGCGCACCCUGUCCUACUAUGUGGACAAACAUGAGACAAAGCUGAAGGGCGUCAUCUACUUCCAGGCCAUCGAGGAAGUGUACUACGACCACCUGCGCAGUGCAGCCAAGAGCCCGAACCCAGCGCUCACCUUCUGUGUGAAGACCCACGACCGGCUCUACUACAUGGUGGCCCCGUCCGCAGAGGCCAUGCGCAUCUGGAUGGACGUCAUCGUCACAGGGGCCGAGGGCUACACUCAGUUCAUGAACUGACCACCGCGGCUCCCAGAGACAGCCGCGCUGGGCGCGGGAGCAGGUGGAGCCGAGCGCAGCCAGCGGCCAGGUUCUGAGAACCAGCCAGAAGACGGGGUGGGGAGAGGAGCCCAGAAUUCUUCGAGGUCCCACCCCAGGCCCAGCCAGGGCUGAGGAACUGUCACCAAGUGGGCCUCCAGCCCUGGCCUGGCACCUGCGCCCUGUCCCCUUGCGUAAAGGACACAUACGGUACCAGAGUCUGCCAAAGAUCCUCCCCCGCCCCUGCCCCAUGCCAGGGCCAUGGGGGCUGGGCAGAGCCACAUGCAGAGUGGGGUGACAGCUCGGGCGGCGUGUCUCAACCCCGGUUCUGCCCGGAAGCUCUCCCCUUUCUACUUUUUAUAAGUUUGUUCAGGGGCCCGAGGCCGGGAGCAUCACCCUGGAGGUCCCAGUCCCAUCCUGUCAGGGCAGGACCAGCACCCUGAGCUGCACAGUGUGCUGUCGCCAUGGUAACAUGCUAACUGCCUCGCCCUGGGCCCCCCCAAGGGUCCCUGCCAUCAUCUCUCCCGCCGGGGGCGGGGGCCUGGCCCUAGACACUGCUCCCCUGCCUGUGUCUCUGAACCCUGAGGCACAGCUCGGCCCAUCAGCCCUCGCCCUCCCACUCGUGCCUUGCUUAGAGCCAGAGGGGGUGCAGAGACCCUGAGCCCCCGGAGUAAGGGCCGGCCCGGUCCUGACAGGGAAAAUUGGCUGCUCAGAGCUGGCAGAGUAGAGGCCUGGGCAAGGAGGGGAAGCCUGGAGCUGCGGCUGGCCUCCUGGCAGCCUCCCCAGGCCCUGGAGUAGAAUGACAGCCGGGCCUCAGCCCUUUGCGCCUUAACACUAAGCCCACCUCCCGCCGUCUCCCCAGCCCCGGGCCCUCGGCCGCCGGGCCGGGCUGCGGGUUCUCAGUAUUUGUAAGUGUUUCUGCGGAACAAUAAAGCAUUUGAGCUAGG